AGAAUCUUGUGGCCGCAGUCGUGCCACUGCGGCGCCGCCGCCGCCCCGUCCAGGCUCGGGAUGAGUUAUAUGGCAUUGUGCGGGGCGGGGCCGGGAGGAAACGGCCGGCGGCACGCGCAGCGCAAUUGUAAAUUUAAGAUAUGUCAUUUAAGGCACGUAGGCCGCCAAGCUGGCGCCUUCCGUCACAUCGUCGCUGCUGUGCAAGUUCGCACUCGUUUUGGGCGUGUUCUAGACGUUUCGUAACCUGUUGAAUAAAAGGUGGGUCACGUACGACCCCCGGCCAGUCUGGGCCGGCGCGCGACUGAGGCAGCUGGCAAUACAACGGCAAUGUGGACAUAAGGAGUUUACUACAAGCUAUUUCGGCCUUGGAAGACUGCCGUGAUGGGGAACGAGAAGGAGACCUGUGAUGGUUCGGACGCUGCGGCUGAUCUCCGCUUAAUCCCGGAGUUUGACGGUGUGUCGCAGCCCGUGUGCGAGUGGCUGGACAAGGUCGAACUUGUGUGUCAGCUGCGCGGCAUCAAGGGACUGCACGUCGUCGUCCCGCUGAGACUCACUGGUGGUGCGUUUGCGGUAUAUCAACAGCUCGGAGAAGAUGAGAAGAAAAAGUACGAGGACAUCAAAAGGGCCCUGACAUCGGCGUUUGCUUCGGAUCGGUUUGAAGCCUACGACCAAUUUGAACGUAGAAGGCUGCGUCCAGGUGAGACGGUGGACGUGUUCGUCUCUGAGCUGCGCCGGCUGGCUGGCUUGUUCGGAGGUAUGCCGGACGACAGCCUGGCCUGUGCCUUCGUGGCCAAACUGCCAGAUUCAGCACGCCGUGCGCUCCGGGCUGGAUCACGGAUGGAGGACAUGCCGUUUAGCCAGCUAAUCGGUCGCGCUCGGGCCGUGCUAGCCGACGAGGAAACAAACACCGCGGCCGCCGCCGCUGGCACAAGGACUGGAGCACUCCCGGCCACAAUGAAAUGCUACUCGUGCGGGCAACCGAACCAUAUCGCCCGCGACUGCACGGCAGGCCGCGGACAGCGGGGCCGUGGAGGCCCCCGUGGUGGACGGAGCCUCGUGAGGUGCUACAACUGCAACCGGCAGGGGCACAUCGCCUCUGCGUGUCCGGAAAACGACGCGGGAGGGGAGAGAUCAGCGCCAGCCUCCUCUCCUGUCGACCAGUGAACGGGGCGCUGCCAGUCGCGCAGCUGUCGGUGGACGGAGCGAGCUGCGAAGCGCUGGUUGAUACAGGAUGCAGCCAGUGUGUAGCUCACGUGUCAGUUUGUCGGAGGUGGAACCGACGCCCGGUGAGCGUGAUGACAGUGAGUGGAGGGCGUUAUUGGUGUGAGGGGUCAGGCGUGGCACGCGUGCAGCUGCGGUCCGGUGAAUCAGUGUCCGUAGAUGUGCUCGUCGUAGCACGUAAGCCACUGGGGUUUGAGUUCAUCCUCGGGAUGAAUGGUAUCAGAGCACUGGGUGGCGCUACAGUGAGUUCGGAUGACCGAGUCAGAUUCGGAGUUGAGGCAGCGGUGUCUCAUAUAGCGGCGUCAGUGGCCUCACCCGGUGACCGGGUCAGCUGUGAUGGUGAGAGGACUGGGGUGUCGCGUGCAGUGGCAGCGACUGCACGGGUGAGUCAUGAUCAGGCGAGCAGUGAGGCGGCCCCAGCGUCAGGUGCAGCGGCGGCAGCUGCAGCAGUGAAUCGAGCUGACAGCAGUAAGGGGGAUCCGGUGUUGGGUGCGGCGGCGGCCGCCGCACCGGCUAAUCGAGCCGACGAAAAGGACUUUGUGGUGAGCUUUGAUGAGACAGAAAAGAAGUGGUCGGUGGAGUGGAAAUGGUGUGGAGGAAAGGAGCCCGAGCAGCUGCACAACACAGCAGAGGAGUACGCGAUUCCAACAGAAGCCCGACACGAAUACGAGCGAGAACUCUCCAAGUGGGUGGCGAAUCAAUGGCUCGUCCCUUAUGAUGAGAGCGUGCACGGGAGGGUCAAAGGCACGAUCCCGCUCAUGGCGGUCAUCCAACCGAAGAAGGACAAAGUGCGUCCCGUCAUGGAUUUCAGGGAGUUAAAUACGCACCUGGACCCGCAUACAGCUGACGCGGAUGUUUGCAGUGAAAAAAUCCGUGAGUGGCGUCGGUGUGGACGAAACGUGUCUCUCCUAGAUCUGCGAGACGCUUACCUGCAGAUCCACGUGCACGCAUCGCUGUGGCCGUAUCAGACUGUAGUGUUCCAGGGCAGACGGUGGUGUCUGAGCAGACUUGGCUUUGGGCUCAGUCUCGCACCGAUGGUGAUGAGAAAGGUACUGGAAAUGGC